AGCAGGUUGGAUUCAACAUAGAAAGGAUAUAAAAGAAACCCUGAGUGUUUUUCUUUUCUUUGUUUUAACCUUCCUAAGGUUUGUAAAGUUGAAGGCGAGCGGAGCCGCCGGUGCGCUCUGCGAUGUCCGCCGCUGUUUGGAGGCGGGAUGGGAAGAGGAGAGGAAGCUUGACUUGCAGACGUCGCCUCGCUGGUUCGUGCAGCGGACAGUUAAUUGCUACCUGAAGACAAUUAAGCAGCAGAGAGAGAGAUUGUUUGGUGACAAACUUCAAAGAAAGCCCCUGUGCGCUGGAGCAGCCGGUGGAUGUUGCGCCAUGGAGAUAAAGACAAGACUUCGAGCCAUGCUGAUGUUACUAUGGAUUUUACAAGGUGACACAAAGAAUGUGGAGUUCCCCAAAGGAGAGAUGGAGGUGGUCAAGGGCCAGAUGGUGGUGUUACACGCGUGGUACAGCCCCAACUCAGACAUUUCCAAAAACUCUGUCAUUUGGCACUUCAGGGGAAAUGAAUCCAAGCAGGUGAUAAACUUUAGCUCAGGCGAGGUCGGGCACGGCCAGAAUGAGUUCACCAAAAGAGUGGGCUUCAGCGCGGCCAUGCCAUCAGCCAACCUCUCCAUCUACAUCAACAACACCCAGGAGUCUGACUCUGGACUCUACUCCUGCUCUGUCAUCAUCCCUGGAAGUACUGGCCUUUUGGGAGAGAUGCGCCUUAAUGUCAAAGUCCCUCCUUCUCCCCCAGUGUGCACCAUGACAGGGAACCCAGUGGUGAAGGGCAACGUGACUCUGAGCUGCAAGUCCAGUCAAGGAAAACCCAUCCCUCAGUACAAAUGGACCAAGGCUGCACCACUGUCUGAGGUCUUCUUCUCCCCGAUGCAGAAUGAGAGACACGGCACCCUCAGGCUGAGCAACCUCACUAAAAGCAUGUCAGGGAAGUACAUCUGCCGAGCCAGCAACACUGCCGGCUCCGACAGCUGCUCCAUUAACCUGGAGGUUAUCACCUCUUCCAACGCAGGCAUGAUUGCAGCAGCCACCCUGGGGUCCGUGGUGGGAUUGGUGGCCAUGGUGCUCUUCCUUAUAUUCAUACUGAAACGGAGAAGGGACACUGAGGAGGAGAUGGCCAACGAGAUCAAGGAGGAUGCUCAGGCACCAAAGCGAGUGUCAUGGGCAAAGAGUAACACCGGCUCAGACAUCGUAUCCAAGAACGGCACACUGUCCUCCAUAGCAACCAGUCCUCGACCCCGAGACCCCCACCAGCCCAACUUCCACUACCCAUACUCCCCCACAUCUGUGUCAGACGCUGGCUCGGUGAUCAACGCCUACCAGCUGCGACCUGGAGAAGCCAACACGCUACAGGGACUGCCCGGUUACAACAUCGGAGGCACGCCGUCACGCAAACACAAGCGACCUCCAAGUACAAACGGGGGCCCUCCGCAGCUUCUCAGAAGCCCCGCGAUCGCCAUGCCCAAUAGGACUGAGGGGGCUCAGCCUCAGGUGCCACCUCCACUUGCUGUUUCCCCACAGAUCAGCUCCUCCACUCUGACACGCAUGGGAGCUGUAGCCGUCAUGGUGCCUGCUCAGAGCCAAGCAGGCUCGCUGGUGUAGGCCAGCCAGUGGGAGGACAGAGGUUACAGAUGGAGAGAAAGUAUGCCUUGAAAUGGAAAGCACUUUCUCCAUGAAGACCUGAAAGGUUGUGAGAGAGAAAACGUCUCGCAUGUCCCUUAGUUUUUUUUUUUUUUUUUUUCAUUUCAGUUUUUGUAAGAAAUAUAUUUUUAUUUACACUCUUAUAAAGACAUCUUCAAAAUGAUCCAAUGGGCAUAAUGAUUCCAAGAGAGAUAUACCUUCUGUGUCUGGAUACUGUAAACCAUAAUGCACAGUUCAGUUUGCUUAGAGUUUUGCAGGGUAUAAUGUUUUGGCUACAUUUGUAUAAUAACUAAAUAUAUACAAAUUUUUAUGAUUUCAUUUUUCAGUGACUUUUCAGUGACUUCUCUCAGGCUAACUGCACUAGUUUAAAAUCACAAUUCAGGUACUUAAACUUCAUCUUUUGUUGCUUUUUUGACCCACAUUUACUUGUGUUCAUGUGAGGGUUGUUUUAUUCACCCUGCUUUAACAACGUCAGUACGGUUCCAUGACAGUGAUGUCUGCUGAGAGAACAUUUAUGAGUAUGUUGCCUGUUCUGGUAGUUGGAAUGUAACCAAAAUAGUGAGUAAAACAUGUUGAAGUUGAGGGUUUCUUGCUAUUUUCUUCAAAGGUGCUCUGUAUAAUUUGGUAUAAUUAGUCGAUGAGAUGAUAUUUGACCAAACUUCCUGCUGAUGGUCUUUUUUGUUGUAAGUAUACUUAACUCUGGAAGUUAUGUGGCAGUGGAAGGCUACACUUUAUGGGCAAGAUUCAACAUCAUUUAAAGGAACAGUGUGUAAGCUUUAAGGCUAUUCAGUGGCAUCUAGUGGUGACAUCGCAGAUUGCAACUUUUAAUGGUUGGAAUUCCAUCAGUGUUCAUUUUUCGGGAGGUUUUUACCAGGAGCCAAAUUAUCUGCAGAGGUUUCUUUCUCUCCAAAAGAAACGUCCAGCUGAAUAAAUCCGGAAAAAACAUUGACUAAAGCAAUUUCACAUCAUAAAUCAGUGUUUUUCCAAUGCUGUUUGGCUUGUCACAGAGGGGGCAGUAGCCUAACACCUGCUAACGUGCGCUCACAUUUUUUCUCUGGUAAUUUAACAACCGGAUGGUCAUGAUGUAAUUACCAGGAGCUGAAUUAACCAUGGAGUUCUCUUCCUCUCUAAAAAAACACAUCAGUUGAUUUAAAUCGGUAAAAACACUGAAUGAAGCAGUGUCACUUAAAAAAAAAUCUGUUUUCCCACCACUCUCAUCGCAGAGGGGCAGCUAAGUAUGGUGGCCAACAUUAUAAUACCAAUAGCCCUAUCUAGAGCCAGUGUUUGGUUUGUCCCUUCUAAGCUACAGUAGAAACAUGGCAAUGAAAGAUGGCGAUCUCUGUAGAUAGGACCUGCUCCCAAUGUAGAUGUAAAUGGCUCAUUCUAAGGUAACGAAACACAACACUUCUUAUUUUCAGGUGAUUAUACACAAAAGAAAACAAACUAAUUUCCAUUUCUGCCAAUAUGUUCCCUUAAAUCCUACACACUGGACCUUUAAAUUUUGCGAUAUAAUAUGGACCAUAUUCCACCUUUUUGCUAGCACCACAUCACAGCAGAGCGUAGUGAAGAAAUGGAGUGUCAGCUAUACACACAAACACGCACACACAGCUCUCCUCUGGGCUGUCAGAUGGUGGCAGGACUCCUGUGGAGCCAGAGAAUCUCUCAGGAGAGAAAACUAUAACACAGACACAUACACAGCUUAGUCUACAGAGGAGCCAAGUCUUUAUCAUGACAGCUCCAAGACUGAAGUAUACAGAAACAGCAGGUGGUGGUGCUGCUGCUGUGUUUGUGUGUAGCACUUUUAAUGCAGUUUUGAUUGUUGAUCAUUUUUUCAAUAAAGUGUUCUGGAGUGUUUGAGAGUUUA